AGCCUAAUCUAUCCCAACCUUGCGUUACAAUUUGUCAUCUGUGUGUGAAGAAAACCGAGUUCGUCGUUCGCGUCGCAAUAAUUCAUAUUCGCGAGCGAUGCACGUUGGAUAAUGUUGUCAGCGGUGUCUUGAAAUAUCGUCUUGCACGAGAGAAUUUUUCCAAACGUGCGUUUAAUCGUCGACGUCCAGUUUUACACGAGCGUGAUGGAGUGUCAGCCUACGCCAAAGAUAUGUGGUGUGCGAUAAAAAUGUCUCUGCUCACUGAGCGAUAAGAUUCAGUUUUCCACGGAGAAGAGUGAGUGAUAUUUGAGAGCAACCUGUGCAUAUGUGCGUCUACUUAAAACGAUGAUGGAGUUGAGUCAUAGUUUGACCCUCAAUGAGGAUGCCCUUAAUCAAAUUCCGGAAGCUAAGCGGCCGGUUUUCAUUUUCGAGUGGUUGCGCUUCCUGGACAAAGUUCUAGUUGCUGCUCAAAAGAAUGAUAUUAAAGAAUGUCAGCAAAAGUUAGUGGAGCAAUUGACCAGACACAUGCAAGGAGCUCCUGGACCACCCACACGACGUCUCAUAGCAAGAUGUCUCGCUACUCUAUUUAGCGUUGGCGAUACAUUCUUGCUCUUUGAUACUGUCAACAAAUGCAAUGACAUCUUGAGAAAUAAAGAUGAUUCACCGAGCUUUUUACCCACAAAAUUAGCUGCUAUUUGUUGUGUGGGAUGCAUGUAUGAAAAACUAGGAAGAAUGAUGGGCAGAUCAUACGAGGAAACUGUGCAGAUCCUAAUAAAAUCAUUGCGUUCUGCUGAAUCGCAAAUGCGAAUAGAAAUUAUGUACACAUUGGAAAAGGUAUGUGCUGGGAUGGGAUCGGCAAUAACUAAUGUGCAUAAGGAGAUAUACAAAGUUUCCAGGCAUUAUCUGACUGAUAGAGUGAUGGCAGUGAGAUGCGCUGCUGCCAAGUGUUUGUUGGAAAUGUUGAAUCACGCUCCGUUUUUAUAUACAACUGAAAUUGAAAGCGUUGCGACAUUAUGCUUUCGAGCAUUUGAAGGCUCAAAUUACGAAGUGAGAUGUUCUGUCGCUAAAUUAUUGGGCACUUUGGUGGCGAUGACACAGCUACCUUCGCCCAAGAUAAAAAAUCCUACAGUCACGCACAAUAAGGGCAUUAGACAAACGUCGCUCGAAGAAGUGUUAAACAUCCUGAUGUCUGGAUUUUUGAGAGGUGGCGUUGGCUUUUUGAAAGGAACCGGCGAGAUAAUAAAAGGUAGCUCCAGCGUAAACAGAGAAGUGCGAGUUGGAGUGACACAUGCAUACGUGGUGUUUGUACAAAUGCUGGGUGGCACUUGGCUGGAACGUAAUAUCGGUGCGCUAAUUGCUCACGUUCUAGACCUAGUUACAAAUCCGAAAGCCGCUAGCUCGCAUGUUGAAGCGGUAUAUUCACGCAAAUGUGUAAAUUUCAUAUUACGCGGUACUGUCGGCAAGCUAUUAGGAGAAGGCGCUCAAGCUGCCGCUUGCAAGGAGAUAGCGCAUAUUAUUCUGAAGCAAAUGAAUUCCAUCGAUUUCAGUCCGGAAAAUGCCAAGGAUUGCAAUCAAGAGACGUUAUUCAGCCAGCAUUUGUUAGUGUGUGCAUUACAAGAAAUGGGUUGUCUAAUACUGGGAUUAGGUACCACAGCCACAAAUCUAUUAUCCGACCAAUCUUUAAAUCUGAUCGAUACUGUAAUGGCCGUCCUAGUACAUCCGUGUCAAGCCGCUAGAUUGGCAGCUUCUUGGUGUUUACGGUGCAUAUGCGUCGCAGUACCAAGUCAAAUAACGCCGUUAAUCGAUCGAUGCGUCGAUGGGAUUGAGAAUAUGCGUAGUUCACCAGAAGCUAUAGCCGGUUAUAGCAGCGCUCUCGCUGCGGUUCUAGGAAGCGUUCGUCUGUCACCCUUAGGUGUUCCUCAUACUAAAGGAAAGAUAAUUUUCAAUACGGCGGAAGAACUCUUGAGAAGCGCUAGUCAAAAUAGUCGUUUAUCUUUAAAUCGCACACACGCAGGAUGGCUCUUGAUAGGAGCAAUAAUGACUCUAGGUACGGCAGUGGUGAAAGGCUUAUUGCCGAGAAUGUUACUCCUAUGGAGAAAUUCUUUUCCCCGCUCGAACAAAGAGCUCGAAAGCGAGAAGGCACGCGGUGAUGCUUUCACGUGGCAGGUAACUCUGGAAGGACGUGCCGGUGCGCUGUCCGCUAUGUAUAGCUUUCUGUUACACUGCCCGGAACUUCUGAAUGACGAUAUCACACGACGAUUACUUACGCCGAUCGAGUCCGCUCUGGCGAUGUUGACAAAUUUAUCACCCGUUUUGAAGAAUUACGGUCAACAAUUAAAAGCUCCCGCAGCUAUGGUUCGUUUGCGCUUAUACGAAACAUUAUUCCUCCUACCGCCGCAAACGUUCGAAGGCUCCUACACGCAUCUUCUAAGAAUGCUGGUGUCAGAGUUCACGCUUACGGACAAUCCUGGGAAUACGACUACUUCUUUAUUGCGUGUAGUUUGCCAUGCUAAUGAUUCUGUGAUUCUCGGUACAUGGCUGCAGGAGACUGAUCAUCGUACGAUAGAAGAUCAAAUGGAACCAAAUAGAAGGGCAGAUUUGGAACAUCUUCAACCAAAUAGCGCUGCAGGAUCUGGAGCAUUGGAACAUAAUACAUGCUGCCUUUAUAGACCAAUGCCAUGUAUUGAAAUAAUACCUGGUCCUUUACCGUUGGGCGUAGCGGUGAUUGAUUUAUCGGUCGCGUUAUUCGGCCAGAUAUUUCCGCGUGUAGCAAAUAAGCACAGACUGCAGAUGCUGGAUCACUUUAGCGAAUGCAUAAAACACACCAAGUCCGGAAGACAGGAGGCGAUACAGAUGAACGUGUUCACGGCUGUAUUGAGCGGCUUGAAAGGUCUCAACGAGGCAAAGACAGGUUUUGGACAAGAGGACGUCAAGAAAUCCGCCACUAAUCUUAUCAUUAGUACAUUAGUCAGUGGCAAUCCUAUUUUACGAUGGGCGGCGGGAGAAGCAGUCGGCCGAAUGGCCCAAGUAAUCUCCGAUCCUAAGUUCACCGCUGAAUUGGCGCAGACUAGUUUCGAUCGUCUGAAAUCAGCUCGCGAUGUUGCCAGCAGAACCGGCCAUUCGUUAGCGUUAGGCUGCCUCCACAAGUAUGUCGGUGGCAUGGGUUCCAGUCAGCAUCUCAACACUAGUGUCAGCAUUUUACUUGCACUUGCUCAGGAUAAUUCGUCUCCUGUAGUACAAGUUUGGGCACUGCACGCUUUGGCUCUGAUAGCUGAUUCUGGUGGACCAAUGUUCAGGGGUUAUGUGGAGCCUACUCUAUCCUUGGCACUGACCCUUCUUCUCAAUGUUCCUCACUCUUACAUCGAUGUGCAUCAAUGCAUCGGAAAGGUUUUAUCAGCACUUAUCACGACGAUAGGACCAGAAUUACAAGGCAAUACAUCAACGAUUUGCAUGGCACGGUCGUCAUUUUUAUGCGCAUGUGCCAUCAUGCAGGAUCAUCAGGAUCCGCUCGUUCAAGCCGAAGCAACUGGUUGUCUUCAACAAUUGCAUCUCUUUGCACCUAGACAUGUCAAUUUGUCUUCUCUCGUUCCUACAUUAUGUCGUACUCUAUCGAGUAAUCAUUUACUUUUACGUAAAGCUGCGAUAUCAUGCCUUCGACAACUUGCUCAGCGCGAAGCUAAGGAAGUGUGUGAGCAUGCGAUGACAUUGGCCAACGAAAGUAGAGAUACUAAUAUAGUAGAGGGUCUCAUCAUUACCGAGACCGGGUUACCGGGCGUGCUCUUCAGUAUGCUGGAUACAGAAACUGAUAGUAAACUAAUUAAAGACAUUCAUGAUACUUUGACGAGCAUGUUGCACAUAUUAUCUGCCGACAAUCUGUCUCAAUGGUUGUCGUUGUGCAAAGAUGUUCUCACAAUAGCUUCAGAAUCCAGUACAGUCGAGGAAGGUAACACGGCGAAUGCGGAUGACAGCGCCACUGAUAAUGAAUCAGCCGACGCGGAGGGUGACGACGAUCAGGCUGAAUUCCACGCUGACGAAUCCAAGCAGCGGCCGUCCAUCACCCCGAGAUGGCCGACCAGAGUCUUUGCAGCGCAAUGCGUUAGACGCAUUGUCGCAGCCUGUAUGAACAAUAAACAGGCGCAUUUUGAUCUUGCUUUGGCCAAAGAAAUGCAGCUGUCUAAGGGAAAAGGAGAUUUUCUGGUGCUACAUUUAUCAGAUCUGGUGCGCAUGGCGUUUAUGGCUGCAACAAGUGAUUGUGACCCAUUGCGACUCGAAGGUCUGAAAACCCUGCAAGAGAUUAUUGACAAAUUUGCUAAAGUUCCCGAACCGGAAUUUCCCGGGCACUUAUUGCUCGAGCAGUUUCAGGCACAGGUUGGAGCUGCUUUAAGACCAGCGUUUUCCGCAGAAACUCCGUCACAUGUUACAGCCGCGGCUUGCGAGGCUUGUAGCGCAUGGAUCGGCAGCGGGGUCGCCAGGGAUCUCAAUGACUUGCGAAGAGUCCAUCAGUUGCUCGUAUCGUCCUUGGAAAAAUUACGGGAGGGUAACACUCGGCCUCAACUUUAUAACGAAAGUUUAUCAACGCUGGAAAGAUUGGCGAUUCUAAAAGCGUGGGCAGAGGUAUAUGUAGUCGCAAUGAUACGAGAUGGAUCCGCGCUAAAUAGCAAGGAUACGACUAAUCGAAAUGGGAAUCAAUCCGACGAAAGAGCCAACGAAGAGGAUUUUGGAGAAUUUGAAUUUCAGAGUGAAAGUCUAUUAAGUCUCGUCCAGCCGGAACUUUUGAGUCUGAGUCAACAUUGGCUAUCUGCAUUGCGGGAUCAUGCAUUGCUAUCUUUGCCACCAGAAUUCUCAAGUCAAUUGCCACAUGAUGGAGGUGCCUUUUAUACAACGGACACUAUGGAAUCCGCGCGUCCUCAUUAUGUAGAAUCAUGGGCGCCAAUUCUUCACGCUGCUACUCUCUGGCUCAAUGCGAGAGGAUUCGAGAUGGGUGAUAGCCACGAAAAAACAACAGCAAAUGCCAACAAUAACAAUCCUAACAAUAAUAACAAUAACGAUGAAGCUACCACCUCUAGAACUAAUAUGAAUGUUGAACGUUUUCAUUUGUUAUUUGGUAUAUGUAUGGAAGCUUUAUGUAGUCCUCGCUCUUCCGAAUCUCCACAAAAUAUAGAGACGUGCUUAAAUGCUUUAUACACGCUACUCGAUUCAACGUGGGCACGUAAAGUUUUUAUCGCGGACUGUUCCUUACCCAUUGAAUUAUGUAAUGUUCUUCAUAGAUUGCUUUUAACGCGGGAGAGUUAUGUCAUCCAAAUGAUAGUAAUGGAGGUGCUGAAACAAGUGAUGAAAGCAGCGCAGGAAGAUUUGGCUGCGAGGAAAAAAUUGAAGCUCCGAGAUACUACAUCGGCGAAUGAAGAAAAUGAAAUGUCGGAAGUAGAUUUACUGGGCGAAGGAAAAGAAAACGGUGAACUCGUACCGGGCAAAUCAUUAGUGUUCGCCAUUCUGGAAGUGUGCUUAUGUCUCUUAGUACGACAGAUACCAGCAUUGAAUCCGAAUCCGGGCGGUGCUACUGCUAUCCUUUCUCAAAAGGGAUACGUUCCGUCAGAAGAGAGCGGCAAGCUGAUCUCGUUGUCUCUCAAUAUAAUGGAAUCUCUUCCCAUCUUAUGUUCUCCACAAGGGGCAAUAGCGAUUCUGCCAACAUUGUUGUAUUUGGCGACAGGCGUGAUACGAGAAACCGCGGUGCGCACGGAUAACGAAAACAUCAAACCCGGUGCGGAAGCGCCGGUUCAUGCCGCAUUGCACUGCGUCAAAAGUCUUACCAAUAACAAGUAUGCUCGGGAUCACAGGAGUCAGGAACAAUGGACUGGAUUAUUGCGAAGCGCACUUGCCAAAAUUAUCGAUCUGGCCAAAACAGGUAAUGAUGAAACGAAAAUGGAUGAGGUAGCUAUGAUGCUGGGUAUCGCGGUAUUCGUGUUACACGCGUCGCCAGAGGUAGUAAACGCUCCGAAUCUUCAAUUCCCAUGCAUCAAUCACUUCCGACACGCGUUCCAAUCUGAGAAUCUGACAAUAAGACUGAAAUGCGUGCAAACAUUAAGAACGAUAUUUCUGCAUCCGGAACGUAAUAUAAGUACUCCAUAUAUUCACGCGCUUGCACCACGACUGGUAGAAUACCUAUACAGCGAUAAGAGCAAGCAGGUCAUAAACGAUAUGGAAUUGACCUUCACAUUGGAAUGUAUCAGUACAGUAGAGGCUCUUAUAGGACUUGCCGAUCUUUCUAAUCGUAUUCAAAUGCUGACUCUGCUCGUGCCAAUUUUAAUCAACUAUUUGCUGGAAGGAGACGAGCUUCAACGCGCCACUAAGUAUCAAGCGAGUCUCCAUCAACAGAGUUUUCAAUGGCUCAAUAAGAUUGGGCCAAAAUAUCCGCAGGAAUUUAAGACGCUAAUGUCACAAUCUACCGAGCUAAAGAUUAAAUUGGAAAACGCUGUGAGAACUAACCAUCAACAAGCGCAGCGACAUACUCGAUCGGUUGAUUCUGUGAAGCCACAAAUCAAGAUAUCUGCACCAUCAAUAAAAUUGAAAACCGAUUUCUCCAACUUCAAUUAGAAAUAAAUAAUCUGUUAUAAAUCUAUUAGAAUCGUGUAAAAAAUAUUAACGAUACUAAUGAUAUUAACGAUUCUGUCGCAAUAGUAACAUAUUUGCAUAAAGACGACUGACUUUAAUAAUUAUCGAUCAGGAAUGAAUAGAAUUAAUCACUCUUUGUAUAACAUAUUAGCAUCGUGAUAAUUAUAAAGUGAUAUCUUGCUGUUAGAGAAUCUUACUCAACCGUACUUAGAAGUAUAAAGAAAUUAGUAAUAUUAUGGCGGAUAUCAGGGAUAGUUAAAAAAAAAGAUGGA